UGUUGGGCUUCGGUUAAAUCUGUGGUAUCGUCGGCUUGUUUUUCUCAUGUAACUAUUUUGUGGUCUGAAGUAUGUCAGAUUCAACAGGACCAUCUUCCGACAAGUCCUCUGCAUCCCUGGAACCACCUCUGACUGAACCAAGGUCUGAUUUGCAGUCACUUGAACCUAGUACCCAGUCCAUAUUAAAUUCUACUGAAUCUGGAGUCCUUCAACCUUGUUUGAUCUCUACUUUGCCCAAUGAACUGAUUAUCCGAAUAUUUAAGUAUCUUCCGCUCUUCCAAGUCACUACUUCAGUUUCUCGCGUCUGCCGCCUGUGGAGACAGCUGGCUUUGUCUCCCGCUCUGAAUGAUGCAAUGUACUUGAAUUCCCAAGUUCCAGCGGAUGUUUGCGCGAAUCUGCUUAAGGAUAGGCCCUUUCUUCUCAUCCUCCGAAUCACGGGUCUCAGAUGUCUUCCUUAUGUUAUCCCCUACAUCUGUCAGCUAGAUCGACUUCAAUGCUUGAACAUGGGAUUUUGUGACCUGAGUGAUGCCGCAGCUCAAUCACUUUCAAAAAAUCUUCCUGGAGACCUAAGACAUUUGAACGUUGAAGGUUGCAAUUUUGUAAAAAUGUUCUUCAUUCGAGAUUUGAUCACUCAAUGCCGAAACCUAGAAGCGCUGAACCUUUCUCACUGCCUCGAAGUCAAUAACGAAUGUAUUAUUACUUUAGCACGAGCUGGUUUACGUCGUCUUCAGCGGCUUAACCUCGACGGUAUCCAAUGGAUAACUGACGAGGCCCUUCGGGAUGGCCUCGCAGCCAUGGCGUCCCAACUGACUGCUCUUUGGUUGGACGGGUUCGAAGUCACUACCCAUGGACUCUGCGCUUUCCUUUCUCAUGUGCCUGCUUGGACACAACUUCAAGUCCUUUCAAUCAGCUUCUCCGACAAUCUUUCAGACUAUUCCCUACGGCCAAUUACUAAAAUUGCCAAUCUACGGGAGCUAAGGCUCAGAAAGGGUCGCAAUCUAACUACCUCCGCGUUGAUAUCGCUUUUUAGUGAUAGUGAACAGAGGCUCAGUCGAUUGCGCAGUAUUGACUUGAGCGAUUGUCCAGGGGUUACAGAUGCGGUUGUCGAUGCAAUCUGCGAAUGCUGUGGGCCCAAUUUGGUGGAACUGCUUUUGAACUGGUGCUGGGGCGUUAGUGAUGUAGGACUGGCGCGAAUAAUCGGUUGCUGCAAUAAGCUAAGGCAUCUAAGUCUUGUGGGUAAUCACACUCUUUUUGGAGAGCCUUUUAUUAAUCUAUGUGAGAGGCAGCCGAUGCUUCAAUUUCUCAACCUGACUCAGUGCAACCAAAUCGUUGAUUCUGUCAUCACUACCGUAGCCAAACAAAUGCCCAGUUUGUACAUAUUUGAUUACUUUGGGGAACGUGUUGGCGGUGUUGAUGAUGUCUGCCAGUACGACUUAUUACGAACCAUCAACAAGGCUCCGAUAUGCGAGCAUUGA